GAUGGGGGCUAGUUAUAAAAGAGAUCCCUGCUGCCUGCAGGGUACCAUUGCCUCCUUUCAGCCACCAAUAAUAAACAGCCCUCUUCCAAAGCGCAGACCUCACAGAAAGCUGCAAAGAUGUCGAUAAAUGACUUGCUGAAAGCUGAGGACAUCACCAAGGCCCUGGCUACCUUCACGGCCGCUGAAUCUUUCGACCACAAGAAAUUUUUCCAGAUGAUCGGUCUGAAGAGCAAGUCUUCUGAUGAUGUCAAGAAGGUGUUCAAGAUCCUGGACCAGGAUGCGAGUGGCUUCAUUGAGGAGGAUGAGCUUAAACACGUGCUCAAGGGCUUCGACAAGAAUGGCAGAGACCUGUCUGACAAGGAAACCAAAACUUUCCUGAAAGCAGCAGAUAAGGACGGCGAUGGCAUGAUUGGGAUUGAUGAAUUUGCUAUCCUGGUGGCUGAAUUAUAAGAAGACCCUUGAAGGUUCACUCCUGCCAUCAGCACCCCGAAGUCCAGCCCCAUCCCGUGGGCUCGUGUUCCUAUUUAUUUUCUUUUUUAUAUCGGAUUCUCAAUCUGUGGGAAAAUGAACAAACCCCCAGAUCCCUUCAUCCAGCACCACCCGCCCCCUCUGCACGAUGCAGCCCGCUGAUUAUUUUGUGAAAUGCGCUGGAAGAUGCUGUGAACAAAAAAAAUAAAAGCUACUCCAACCCGUU